AUGACGCACCGGGAGGCACCAUUUAUUAAUGUCACACUCGUUCCGAAAGAGAAGGCCGCAUUGACAGAGUCACAACAGCGAAUUACUCGCUCACAUGCCGCUCGCUCGGCGCAUGCCCGUGUCCGACAUCGGCGGAUGAUAGAGUAUCAGGCACAGAAGCGGGGGAGAAGAGACAUACGAGAAACUGUUAUGGGUAGUUAUCCGGGCCUCCCAGGAAGAGCACUGUCUGGGGUUUCCACAUUACUUUCGGCAGACAGGCGGGACCCUUUUCUUAGCUUUGCCAGGGGUUUAAACCCGAUAGAACAGUUCUUGUUUGAUCAUUAUAUCAACGUCGUCAUCCCUCUCAUGCGCUGCAAUGAGAGCGCAAUAUUCUUCGCGCAGCGCAUGAUCAGACUUUGGGUUCCCACUGCGAUCACAGAAUCAAGCCUUCUCGAUAUCAUCCUGCUUGCCGCAUGUCGUCACUUAUCUAUUGCAUAUAGACAGAGGUCGCAGGAACAGCAGCGUAUCUUCCAACAACUGACUUUUCAGUACAAGUCCCAGAGUCUGCAAGCACUAAGGCAUGCCAUCUCGGCUGAGAUGCCGAUGCUGACUGAUUCAACGGUCGCGAAAGCUAUAAUGCUUGCCUAUGAUGAAUUAUAUGUUCGAGAUGCAAAAAUGCUCAAGCACCACGUAGACGCAGCCGUGGAAAUGGUCACGCUGAAAGGUGGGCCCCAGACACUAGGUCUUGAUGGACUCAUGGAGCAUUUCCUUCUAAAUUUGAUUACCAAGACGAGAGGCGACCUGGAACUUUCGGUCAGGACACCCUGGGAGGAAUAG